AUUUGCAUGUGAAUCCAUUAUAGAAAAUCUAAACUUACAAGAAAUCUUCAAAAUACUUCAUAGAUAUUAAUUUAAAUUCCAAACAAGGAAAAAAAAGACUUCAUAACAAUAAGACAAACAAACUACUUUUUGUUUUGUUUGCAUCUUCAAAUACUGUCGGAACUUUCCUUCUUUUGCUUCAGUUUCAAAAUUUCAUUCUCUCAUUCUGAUUUCAGACAGUGAUGAAGCAGCAGCAGCAGAAGCACACAGCCAACAAGCAACAACAGAAUUUAUGGGCAACUAUGGUCAUGCGCAAAUGGCUUAACAUUAAAAGAAAGGAGUCUGAUGAUUACAGCACUGACCCUGAUGAUGAUGAUGAUGUGGAUGAUCCUGAAACUGAUUCAGACAAUGAAGAGUGGGGAAGCCGUUCACGGAUUAGGGACCGCAGAGAGGAUGAAGCUCCGGCUGAAUCAGACGAAUUUCUCCCAGGCUUAAGGAGGCAAAAGUCAUUGACUGUAAGGUCUCAAUAUAUAAACAAGAAGGAACUGAGAGUAUGUGUUGGGACAUGGAAUGUUGGAGGAAAACUUCCACCUAAUGACUUUGAUAUUGAUGAUUGGCUAGACAUUAACCAUCCAGCUGAUAUCUAUGUCCUUGGUCUUCAAGAGAUUGUACCUUUAAACACGAGUAACAUUUUUGUUGCUGUAGAUACUCGUCCUGUACCGAAGUGGGAAAAUUUAAUUCGAGAAGCUCUGAAUAGAGUUCAAUCAAAACCUUCAAAGAUAAAAUCCUUUAGUGAUCCUCCAUCUCCAUCAAAGUUUAAACCAUCAGAUGAUGCACCAGAUAUAGAAGAAGAAAUUCUACUAGAAAGUGAUAGUGAUAUUGGUGAGGAGAUUCAUCCCUUAGGUGAAGAACAUAAUGUAUUUGAUGGAGUCACAGAUAAACAAAUCAUAGAUGAAGCACUGAAUAUUAGUUUGAAGGAUUCAAAUGCUUCUGAUAUAGCUGAGAACGAUUUACAGAAUCAGUUAUCUUAUCAAAGAAAGUUGAAUAGGCUAAAUCAUUUCCGCGAGGAAGAUUCAUCGGAAAACAAUGAAACGACUUCUUCUCAACAGAUUAGUAAGCUAUCUAGAAUGGUUAGUGGGACUGAAAGAAUUGGUUUGAGCUGGCCAGAGCCACCAUUACAUUUGUUGCCUCAGAAAGUAUUGGAGAGACCAACUUCUUUUAAACCGGUUAAAUCGUUUAAUAAGACAAAGUCGUUUAGAGCCUGUGAUUCUUUCAAAUCAAAAACAGAUGCUAUAGAUUUACUGGCUGAUAUUGAUCUUGAAGCUUUGAUGAAGAGGAAAACAAGAUCGUCGUAUGUGAAGAUAGUGAGCAAGCAGAUGGUUGGUAUUUUCAUCACGGUAUGGGUUCGAAGGAGCCUGCGGAAACAUAUUCAGAACAUGAAGGUUUCAACAGUUGGUGUUGGUGUUAUGGGCUAUAUUGGUAACAAGGGAUCAAUAUCUGUCAGCAUGUCUAUUUAUCAGACACUUUUUUGCUUUAUAUGCACCCACCUUACGGCAGGUGAAAAGGAAGCAGAUGAAAUCAAAAGAAAUGCCGAUGUUCGCGAAAUACAUCAGAGGACCCAUUUUUAUUCACUUUCUGAUUUUGGACUUCCCAAAAGUAUCCUGGAUCAUGAAAGAAUAAUUUGGUUUGGUGAUCUGAAUUACCGUAUCAGCUUGCCAUAUGAUAAAACAAGAGAUCUUAUCUCAAAAAAGCAUUGGUCAAAAUUGGUUGAGAGAGACCAGCUUGCUAAAGAAUUAGAGAAAGGUGUUUUUGAUGGAUGGUCAGAAGGUAAGUUAAACUUCCCACCCACCUAUAAGUACGAGAUCAAUUCAGAUAAGUACAUCGGAGAGGACCCAAAGGUUGCGAGGCGUACACCAGCAUGGUGCGAUCGUAUUCUAUCACAUGGAAAUGGAAUGAGAUUACUGAGUUACAAAAGGAGUGAACUUAAAUUUUCAGACCAUAGACCCGUGACUGCCACAUAUAUGGCAGAGGUUGAGGUGUUCAAUCCAAAGAAGCUACAGAGAGCACUUAAUUACACUGAUGCAGAGAUUGAAAAUGAAGAAGUCACGACAAGUUUCGGCACUUGGAAUUUAGCAACAUAAUCUGGACAGGGUUCUUGGAUGAUGGAGUUUGAGUUGAGAUUUCACAUGGAAUUUGUUUCACGGGGGGGUAUUCUUGGCGAGAGUAGGUUGGAGGAUUGUGUUUGGUGUCUGGAAAGAUAGAUAGAAGAUGAAGAUCAUUUGUUUUUUAAGUGUUGUUUUGUCCGUUCGGAUUGGUACCAUAUUUUCAAGUGGAUGAUGGGUAAGGGUGUGCUGUGAUCUUGUCCGAGAACAUUAUCAACCUUUUUUAUUAUCUCUACUCAUCAGCUUCUUCAAAUUCUAAUUACCGGAAGCGUUUGAAAAAUAUCGGAAGCAAGGAAGGAAACCUGAAGAUUGAGGAUAUAGUUGAUGAUACUAUGGUUACCUUUUGGAGGUGGCUC